UGAGCAGCUAGCAGUGCUGGAGACAGGAGGAGGUAACCGACAGCAGCAGGGAAGCUGAGUUCUUCUUCUCCCUCCUCAUCACAUCCUGUCCUCUUCUUCACCCUGUGUAUACUGGCUUCAGGCGUCUCUGAUAAAAAAUCAUGAAAGUCCUGUUUUUUCCCCCAUUUUCAUCUGUGGUUUUGUCAUUCACUAUUGAGCAUCUUUUCUCUCUCUAGUUAAGAGUCCUGUCUCAGCAGCCCAGUCUGUGGCAAAAGUGCAUAGAGAGAUCAAGCUCUCAGGCGAGGUUGGGGUCGUUGUGCGCUGGGCUGAUCGAAUCCUAAUCUGGAGUCGGGAAGGACGGUUAGUCGGGGCGAUGAUGCCUCUCUUCGCAAACGCCUGCAGGUUGUUACUAAGGCUGUGAGCAAAACUUGGGCAGCACCGGUUCAACUCAUCGAGGAAGAGCAUAAGGUGCCUAGCGAUGAGCAGAGUCUUAUGGUGUGGAUGAUAUUGGUCCUGCUUGGAUUUGGAUAACUGUUGUUUCCCUUGAACAUUGCAGACUGUAUAAACGACGUGCCUUGGGAACUAAGCUACUUUUGCCCUGGUCAGGAUUUGUCAGUAGCCUACAGGGGUCGUCGGUUAUGCCUCCUGUCAGAUGCUGUCUGGAUUAACUAAGAAUCUAACAGAGAGGAAUGCACAACCCAUAACUUUAUUUUUUAUUUUUUUCUAUUUAAACUUUAAAUAACUGCCUUUGACUCAGCUCAAUAAACCGCUUACGGAUUUGGGAAAUUUUAGUGGCUACAUCCAUUCUGCUUUUAUGGGCAGAUCUUUCCUUCGAGGAUUAUAACAAAAUUAAUGCUAACUGUGUCUCUGCACUUCAUUAACAGGUUGAUGCAGCGGUUUGAUUGCCGCUGGCCAGUUUCUUGCAUGCCCGGCCCCUGCAUAGCAUCCGGCUUGGUCAUGUGAUUGCUAACAGCGCAAAGUGGAGCGCCAAAAAAACAAAACAAAAAAACACUGCUAUGGUUUUGCUACUGAACAAGGCAACAUGCCAAAAUUUGAGUGAUUACAAAUGAAGAAGAAUGAGCUAUGAAAUGUAAUGUCAGUGCUGAAGUCUUGCAUCCCAUAUGUAUUUGGCACACUGAACAAUAUGCAUAUAAUAGCUUGUGUGUCAAAUUGUUGGUGAAUGUAAUCUAGUGGAAAAGAGAAUACAAAGAAUACAGUUGCAGCUGAACUACAACACAAGCUUGCCAUAGGAGCUGGACACUGCUUUUGUGGCUCCUGAGACUAAGGUGCCAGAUCCUCACUAUGACUGCCAAGAGAAGAUGCCCAGGGCUGUUGUGGAGCUUCACUCACUACCAUGGCCCCAAUAACAACUGCUACAUCUACUGUUGCCUUCUGAUUCUCAUCACUGCCAGGGCAUCCUGCAAAGUGCUCCCCACAAUCCAUCCAACAGCCCUUCCACCAUCUCCAUCUGCUUUACUGCCAGUGAGCUACCGCCUCUCCAAUACCCGCUUAGCCUUCUUUUUAAGAGAAGAUGGUCCUCUACCAACAUGGAAUUCAAGUAUGCCCCUCCUACAACGGUCGGAGCCUUUUGUGGUGUUUCAGACAAAGGAUUUACCAAUUCUGAAUGUCACAUUGGGACCUUUUGCUUCCGGACAAGUUUUGCCAAAGGAACUUCUUCAGCCUUCUAGCAUCUUGGAGGUUCCUGACAGAUUAACUGUAAACUGGAAAAUGAGAGCUUAUAUAAUUCGUACAAGGGUGCCUACCACCCAACCAGUAGUACAGGUGCUCUUUUAUGUAGCUGGUCGGGAUUGGGAUGAUUUUGGUGUCACAGAACGUCUUCCCUGUGUUCGGUUACAUGUUUUCCGGGAAAUGCGGGAACUCAAGAGUUCUUGCCGGUUACGGGGAAGUCUUGCUACUUGUCUUGCUCAGGCUGAACUCCCACAAAGCUGGUUUGGGUUACCAGCUGCACCCCUGGGAAGACGGAAAGCCUCACCUGAUGCAGCAGAUCUUAAUGGAGAAAGUCAGCAAAUAGAAUUAUUCUAUACUUUACAUGCACCAGACUCAAGUGGAAAUUGCCAAAAUGAAGUAGGGUCACGAAGAGGAGGGGAAGCUCCAACUCAGCAUCCCCUUCUCCGCAUUGGUAGUGUAAGUCUGUAUGAACCAAUUCAGGUGCAGCAAAUACAGGAACAGCAUUUGGAUACAAAUAUCUUCAUAAGGCUACCAGACCGACCUCUAAGGCCAGGAGAGAUCCUAAGCAUCUUGCUGUACUUGCAACCAAACUCCACAGUGGAGCACUUCACUCUCAGGGUGAAAGCUAAGAAGGGGAUAAAUCUGCAGAACACCAGAUCCCGGGAUUCUCAAUGGUUUGUUAACUCAGAGCUUCAGACAGGAGGAAAACAUUCAACAGCCACCAUAGAUGUGUCAAAAGUUCAAGGGUUGCCACACAGGACUGAAGAAACUCCUUACUUGAUAAUGCAGCUGGACUUUGAGAUGGAGAAUUUCACUAGUCAAACUGUCAUAAGGCGGAUAAUGUGGCAUCUAGAGUAUCAAGGUCGAAAACCCCCUCCUGAAAUGGAGAAAGCAGUAACAGAGUUAACAGUAAUACAGAAGGAUAUUCGAGCUAUUGUGCCUCUGGCAAUGGACACAGAGAUAAUUAAUACAGCUAUUCUGACAGGACGGACAGUUGCAAUCCCUGUGAAAGUUCUGGCCAUUGAAACAUCUGGAGUCAUCACAGAUAUUUCAACUUUUGUAUCAUGCAAAUCUAGCAACGAGGAUAUCAUCAAGGUAUCAAGCAGCUGUGACUAUGUAUUUGUAAGUGGGAAGGAGAGCAGAGGAUCGAUGAAUGCCCAAGCCAUUUUUACAUUUGAACAUCUGAAUGCACCCCUAGAAAUGACUGUAUGGGUCCCCAAACUGCCUCUGCUGAUCGAGUUAUCAGAUACAAAACUAAGCCAGGUUAAAGGCUGGAGAAUCCCAAUAUUAGCAGAUAGAAGGUCCGUACGCGACAGUGAUGAUGAUGAUGAAGAGGAAGAUAGAAAGUUAAAUCGAGGCUGUACUCUACAAUAUCAACAUGCCACUUUGCAAGUUUUUACCCAAUUCCACACUACAUCUUCUGAAGGCACUGACCAAGUUAUUACAAUGCUGGGUCCAAACUGGAUGGUGGAAGUUACAGACCUAGUCAAUGAUUUCAUGCAAGUGGAAGACUCUAGAAUAGCUGAAAUGGUUGAUAGUAAUACUUUGGCAGGAAGAGAACCCGGUACCACGUUAUUUAAGGUGGUAUCCCCUCUUAUGGAGGCCGUUUUAGGUGAAACAACAAUUACAGUGACAGAGGAUAAAGUCAGCAUCAUAGAACUUCAGGCACAGGUGAUAUCUGGCCUCUCUCUCUCCCUGCAUGCCAGCCCAGGAAACAGUCACACAAUAAUAGCCAAGACUACUGCUCAGCACAUGCUAAAAUUUCCAAAACAGGAUGGUUUGGUGAACCUUUGGCUUAUAUUCAGUGAUGGUACUUCAGCUCCAUUGUCCCUCUAUGAUCCUAAGGAUUAUAUAUUGUCUCUAAGUAGCACUGAUGAACAGGUGGUAUCCGUGAGCCCAGAUCGUACAUUUCCUCUUGUUAUUGCUGGUGAAGAACAAGGAACAGGGGCAUUCCUGAAAGCAGAGAUGAUAAUUAAUGAGAACUGCCAGAAGACUAAACGGAAAAGUAUACUGGCAACGGCAACAGCUGUGGUUCAUGUUGUUUUUGGCUCUAGUGAACCAGGUGGAGAAAGUGAUCCUGGAAAACUGGUAACUGAGGUCCCACCACAUUCUCCUGUACAAGAAAACAGAGACAUGUCAAGAACGACAUCUAUGACAACACUAUCCACAACAUCUGAAGAGCACAGCUCACAUGUUCCUGGGGAAUAUCCCUUACCACUUCCUACAGUGUUUCCUCAACUCCCACGUGGAUUGACAGAUCUGGAGAUAGGGAUGUAUGCUCUUCUAGGAGUAUUCUGCCUUGCCAUUCUGGUCUUUCUCAUAAACUGCAUUGUGUUUGUUCUUAAGUAUAGACACAAAAGAGUUCCCCCAGAUGGGCAGGCCAACCCAGAUCACUCCCACCACUGGGUAUUCUUGGGAAAUGGACAGCCCCUUAGGGCUCGAGGAGAAUUAUCACCACAGCCUGAAAGUCCUGGAAACCCCUUGGAAACAGGAACACUACCUCCUCAUCAUUCUUCUUGCUGUAGAGGAGAGGCAAGAGGAAGCAGCAGUAAUAGCAGUUCUCAGGCUAGUGUGCAAAGCCAAUCUCAUGGACGUGGAGAUGGCUCCUCUGGUGGGGGUGGCUCAAGUAGGGAAGCCAGCGAGGACCCAUUAAGCUCAUCUCCCACAUCCAAGCGCAAACGUGUAAAGUUUACUACUUUCACUAGUUUGCCUAGUGAAGGUAGUGCUUAUGAUGCAGUGCCGGGUACAGAGGAAUGUGAUCUUGAAUGGGUGUGUCGGGAUAUGGGACUGAGGGACCCACAUGAACUCAGAAACUACAUCAGGAGGGUCACAGAAAUGGCAUAGCCUUGGAACUUGCUUGGGAUGUUAUUAUGGACAAGACAAAACAAUCUUGCGCCCAUUAGGACUGUUGUUUUCUCUAGAACACAGGAAAUGGGAUAAUUUCCUUUUAUGUCUCUACGUAUUUAAACCCAUACACUGCCACUCACCUCUUUUCCUUCCUUCAUAUGAUAGUCAGUCACUUAAGACAUUUGUUAUUCUGUCUUUCUCUUCUUCGCUUUUGCCCAAAACACAUGCACAUAUAGCAAAGAAAGAAGAGCAUGUUGUCUGCUUAUGUCUCUGUAAUCUGUGGGAUGGAAAAAUAAGCAUUUAUUUGCCUCCAACUUUCCAAACAACUUCAUAUACUACGCUAUUUAAAUAUUAACCAUCAAUGUAUAUUGGGGUUCUGAGGUUCAAAAUGAAGGGAAAAGCCAAAUAACAAGUGUGGCUCCUUGUAUUAUUAGUAAAGUACAAUACACUAUAAAAGUCCUUACAACAGGAGCUAAACAAUAUCUUACGGCAGCUCACUGCAACUGGUGAAAGUACAUUUUCUUUAAAAAUUCAACAUAGAAUUGGUACAUUACCAUCACAUUGAGGAAGCUAUAAUGAGUACAUUUGGAAGACUCUGAUUACACUAUGUUAUGCCAAACUAUGUAAUAUUAAUACCAAAAGAUUAUUGUGGAGUUAGCAGUGCAAGUGUGCUUUCCACUUAUCUAACAGUAAAAGAAAAACCUGCUGACAGCUAACAGUACAGCUUCAUGAAUGUGUUUACCAAUCACAGAAAUGCUUAAAUGCAACAGAUUUAUAUAGCACCUCAAUUGUAACAAGAUUUUUCUCAGGGUUAUAGAGCAACUAAUGCAGUUUAUAAAUUGCUAUUCCUGGUGAUGCUGUGCCAUGGCACAAGAUAGGAGACGUAGCCAUCUUUGCAAGAUUAGCGAUCAAGGAUUGUUACAUGGAAAUAAAUUAUUAUGCUACUUGAUGGUUCCAUUAGUGACACAUGCUUGCAGACCCAGUAAUUUCUGUUUAUUUGGCCAAUUUGAAAGUUGCCGCAACAUUCCGUUUGUCAUGCCACCACAGAAAUGAAUUAUAUUUGACGGUAGGAAAACGAAACGUUUCCUUUAAAACUUACUUAGAGAUAGCUAUUCCAUUCAAAAAUGAAUCCUUGAUUCUAUGAGUCAGUGUUUCAUUCGCGUGAUGUUCAGUCUGAAGAGUUCUUGUAGUAGGAUUUCUUCAAACAAAACCUUAAACCUUGUAUAUGUAUCUUUAUUUUAUUAUAUAAAAACAUGCAUUUAUUUCUUAAUUUGAGUUUACCAGGAUGUGAUUUAUAUAUAUUUUCAAAGUAAUAAGAUAAUAAUACUCUGCCGGAUCCUUAACACUAUAGAAAUACUGCCUUUUUUCAUUUGAUUUAUUUCUGUUUUUUUUUUGGACAAUGCUUUGAGUGUCAUGGCAGAAGAGCACUCAGCUCUGUUAAUGGAAGCUACAGACAACAACCAGUAUGGAGGAGAGUCACUGCUAAAACAGCAGAGCAAAUUCAUAGGAGAACUUAAUUCCCAAGAGAUGAAUGGGUGCAUAAUAGAUUCUCCUUAUAUAAGACAAGUCUGUCUUGAAUUUAACCACCAUGUCAAGUUUUUUUCCUAAGUCAAUAUAAGGGAAAAUAAAAUUUGGCAGUGCACCAAA